UUUUUGCUCAUCUGGUUUUUUUCUAGAUGAAUUUGAAGCAACAGAAGAGGCUCCAAGGACAGUCCCAAAUCCACCUCCAGCUAACAUGCCUGUUGGGCCAGUGGCUGUCAAACCAACAGGUGGCUUAUGUUUGCUCGGUGCUUAUGCAGACAGCGAUGAAGAAGAUAACGAAAUGUCUGAGAAACCAGCACAGUCUGCAGAUGCAAAUGGCAAUAAUUCAGCUGACAUUGACAGUACCCUGGCCAACUUCCUAGCGGAAAUAGAUGCAAUUACAGCUCCUUCUCAACCUGCGGAGACCAUUGUUCCUGCCACUGCUCCACCUCCAACUCCUCCACGCCCAGAGCCCAAGGAAUCUGCCACCAGUCAGCUUUUGGCAACUGCAAAUGGAACAGAUCAGGUGCCUGAGUGGCAGUAUGAUACUCAGUGCUCACUGGCAGGAGUGGGAGUGGAGAUGGGAGACUGGCAGGAGGUUUGGGAUGAAAACACAGGCUGCUAUUAUUACUGGAACACUCAAACAAAUGAAGUUACAUGGGAACUACCCCAGUAUCUUGCAACGCAAGUUCAGGGUCUCCAACAUUAUCAGAGUUCUGUUACAGAGACUGAUGAAAACUACCAGAUAGUUGCUGACCUGCCAUCCCAGGGGAAAGGCAGUGGUGGUGCUGCAUCUGUUGGGAGCAGUGGACGUAGGACUCUUGUAAAGCGUGAACUGAAGAAGGAACUGAAUGAAGGUAUCCAGGCCCUUUCAAGCAAUGAAGAAGAGAAGAAGGGAGUAGCUGCAUCACUGCUGGCUCCAUUACUUCCUGAGAUAGUGAAGGAAGAAGAGGAGCGUUGGAGGCGGAAAGUAAUCUGUAAGGAGGAGGUGGAGCCAUUGAUGGAAGAAGAUGUGACUGCAGAGCAAACAGCAACUGUUGCUGAUCAGCAGCCAGAAAGCAACCGAGAUAUUGGAGAAGACCCUUCCCAGGAGGACAUAUGCAGUGUGGUGCAAUCAGGGGAGAGUGCCGAGGAAGAAGAGGAGCAGGAUACUCUUGAACUAGAAAUGGUAUUGGAGAGGAAGAAGGCAGAACUGCGAGCUUUAGAAGAAGGUGAUGGGAGUGUUUCAGGAUCUAGUCCACUUUCUGAUGGGAGUCAGUCAGACCUAGCAAGGCGACUGCUACCCAAGCAGGGGAAAUGGAAACUUUUUGGGGUUGCUAGCCCAGAAUCCACCAGCAGAGGAUCAAGCAAGACAGGGCAAGAGAGUCCUGAACCUGGAGAAACAAUGGUAAAGGAAGAGCCUGAAGUAGGUGGUGAGAACUCAGACCAUGAGCUAGAUACAGAGGAAAUGCAAGACAAAAUGAAAACCCAAGUAACUUUCAAGGUGGAAGAAGAAGAGCAGGACUUAAAGUUUCAGAUUGGAGAGCUGGCCAACAUGUUGAUAAGCAAGCUGGAGUUCUUGGGCAUCAAUAGGCAGUCCAUCUCUAACUUCCACGUGCUGCUGUUGCAGACUGAGACCCGUAUUGCAGACUGGCGGGAAGGAGCUCUCCAAGGAAACUACCUCAAACGCAAAUUGCAAGAUGCAGCUGAACAGCUAAAACAGUAUGAAAUAAACGCCGCCCCUAAAGGCUGGUCCUGCCACUGGGACAGGGACCAUAGGCGCUAUUUCUAUGUUAACGAACAAUCAGGCGAGUCCCAGUGGGAAUUCCCAGAUGGGGAGGAGGAAGAGGAGGGGCAAAUCCUAGAAAAUAAGGCAGACGCUGUUCCUAAACAAGCAAUGAAGGAGAAAACAGAAUCUGGAGAAUCUGCUGAUAACACUACAGGUUCUCUUGGGAAAGAAUCUCUUUCUAAUCAAGCUGCAGCUACAUCACUUGUGUCUCUCAGUCCAUUUUGGACUGUACUUCAGCCCUCUGUCCCUGUACUUCAGCCCCCUUUGCCUCUGGAAAUGCCACCUCCACCCCCACCACCACCAGAGUCACCCCCUCCUCCUCCCCCACCACCACCCCCUCCUCCACCAGGAGAAGAGGGGGAAAUACAGGAAGUAGAGAUGGAAGAUGAAGGAGAUGAGGAGCCACCUGCACCAGGAACGGAGGAAGAUGCUGUUCUGAAACCUCUUCUCAGGCCAGCUGUUGCCAACAGCCAGACCAAUACUGAGACCAGCAUAUCCACACCUCUCUCAGCUAAAUCUGUAAAAAGGAAAGCUUCAGAAAUGAAUGCUGGACUGGUACAACGAGCUGCAACCAUUGGAAGCUGUCCAGUACUCUAUGGCCCGUCAGUAAUGGGUGCAGGUGAAUGUCAUUCCUUUGAUUCAAUUUUACUUAUUGAUCUUCAUGGUAAAGUGUUUCGGAUAUAUUUCCACUGUCCCCUCAUGUUUACAGGCCCUCAGACCUCAGGAGUGAGUUUGCAACAGAAUUACCUUGGUGUAACCCAGCCUGCACUCAUAAGCUAUCCAGAGUGUAGUGCCCCUGUUGGACUUUCUGCCAGCACCACACAGCCAGUUCCUUCACAAGGAGCCCCACCUACCACUAGCGUUGCAGAACAUCUGCCUCCACCACCACCUCCACCGCCGCCACCACCUCCACUGUCACCACCUCCACAUGCUCCCAAAGUAAUGUCUGCAGAGAAGUCAAAGAAGAUUAGGAGAGCCAGCAAAAGGAAAAAAACAAAGACAAAAAUGCCAUCUCUCGUUAAGAAAUGGCAGAGCAUUCAGCGUGAAUUAGAUGAGGAAGAAAAUUCCAGCUCCAGUGAUGAUGAUCGGGAGGUGAUGUCACAGAAGCGAAUUGAAGAAUGGAAGCAGCAACAGUUAAUAAGUGGUAUGGCAGAGAGAAAUGCAAAUUUUGAGGCUUUGCCUGAAGACUGGAGAGCUCGACUUAAGAGACGGAAAGCUACUUCGAGCACAUGAGUCAACUUUGCGGGGGUUUUUUUGUUUUGUUUUUUUUUUAAACCACACAUGUACAGUUUGGAAUAUUUUGCUGUUGGAUAAAUUGUAACUUUUUAAUGAUACACAUGUCUGUUGAAUGGCCUAACAGAAAAUUUGUGGACUUUGGGAAUCCUUUUGGAGUUCUAUUUGGCAAAUAGAGCUGUGAAGUAAUGGAUAGGCUUGACUACUUCUGUCUUAAGCACUUCUAAUUCCAGUUCAGACAAAGUUGGAAUACCAUUCUAUCCAGCUCCCUGGUGGAGCUGGUUACAAAAACGACUGAUGCACUUUGGCUGGUUCCAUUUUGAACGCCACGUCUCCACCCCUUUCUAAAUUCCAAAGUAUUCUUCCAGUUAUCUCAGAAAUAUUUCUAAAAGGCAUGUUUGCAUUUGCAGGUUGGGGUCACAGAACAAGCUAAUGAAAGAUUCAUAAUCUUUUCAUAUCAGACAUAGAGCUGCAGGACAUGUUCUAAUCCUGUUCUGUGUUACUGCUUGCUUGAUUUUGAAGAACAAACUCUUGUUUUGGUUCUAAAACCUGAGUCAGUCCUACUAUUUUUAAGUGUAUUUUCACACACAAUAGUUCUCAUAGAAUAAUCUUCUCUAUUUUUGGUGCUGUAACAUGCCAAUAGUAUUGGUGUGGCUGUAGCCAUGAUAGGACAGAACAUAGUAUGUAGCUGUGAGCACUGACUGACUAGGAGGGAAAAAUUUUUUUUGCCUUCUCUGGUUAGCAAAUGAAGACAGGUAUAGUGGGAUCUGCACUGCGUGAGCAUGAAAAUAUUAAUGAGCCUAUAACCCCUUGCCUACUGUGGAUGUUGCUGGCAGGUCAGUAGUCAUGUGCCCUGAGUGGUGCUGAAUUGCAGUGCUGCCUAGUGAAGAUGUGGAGAAACCUAUGUUCCCUUAGUACUCACCACUCUUCCCCAUCUCACUGGCUGCUGCUUGAUGGAUGUACACUAGAGGAAAGGGAUAAUUUAACAUUUCUGUCAAUUCUAAACCCCUCUUGCAAAUUUCCAGCAAAAGUAGGAUCUUUUGUCUAUAUUUAAUGCCAGGCUGAAUAUUCAUACAACCUGAGAAUGUCUUGAAUCCUCUCCCUUGUUUGCCUUUUCAAAACAGAAUCAAGUGAUGAUGAUUUUCUGUAAAGCGAAAGAAAAAGCAGGUUAUUGUUGAUUGCAGUUUAUAUUUCUCCCAUUUCUGACUUUGUAAAUUUGUACAUAGACAUUAAUAAAAUCCCUUUUUAUACUU